ACUCGUCUCGUUCAGGGAGUGCGGGUCUUCGCAGUGGAGUGGACCCUCCACAUCCUCGUGACGGGCAGCAGCGACGGCCGCCUUCGAGUAUGGAAUCCUUAUGUUCCCGAGGCGGCCUUGUCAGUGCUGCCUCCCUCUCCUGCCCCUCCAGCAGCCAUCCUUAUCUGUCCACGUCGACGUGUCAUCAUCACCUGCGAUGCCGAUGCCGUGGUGCGUAUCUUCGGCGUGGAGUGCAGCCGCUGCUUCCAGACAGUGAUGCUGUCCUUUCCGGGAGGACCAGGAGGUUUAGCCUUAAGACCCCUCACGCUGCUGCCAAGCGGGGAGUUGCUGGUGUCAUGCAGGGAUUACGUGGCCACCCUUGCUUCCUUGCCUCCCAGCCAUUUACUUUCCCGAGACAGCUCCCAGCACCUGUCACAGACAGCGAGGGACGCUGCCCUUAUCGGCGACUUAGAGGGAAGCGAUCGGGAUGAGGGUUGUGCCGCUGAUAUUGAUGACAAUGGCGACCUGAUGAAGAACGCGUCGAUUAUGUCGUCAGAUGAGAAACAAGAGCGUGAACGCAUGCGCAGCCUAAUCAGACAAGGUGCCGCCUUUUGUUGUCUCGAUCUGCAGGAGGUACGCCCGCCCACCCUGCCCCCUGAUCUACCUCUGCCGCCACGCCUAGCCGCCUUAGGACUAACUCCAGAUGAUCCAGUCGCUCUCCUGGCCCAUCUCCCUCCCUCCACCCUUGCCUCCGGCCUCACUGCUGGCUCAGCGCCUUCCAUGGGCCUACUAGGUCCGCCUGCUUCCCGCCUCGCCUCUCGAAGGCCUGCUGCUUCACGUCCCGCGUCGGCCAUCAGACGACAGCCACCAACCAAGUCGUCAGGGAAGGGCUGGAAGGACUCACUUGCACCCCCCAACAGUGGACGCCACCUCAGCCCUGGCUGGCGGCCGCACUCACCACGCCCCUUGUAGGGAUUGUGAAGGGAGGCUAAAGCACACACACACACACACACACACACACACACACACACACACACACACACACACACACACACACACACAGUAAUACAGUGGUUAGCGUGUUCAGCUCACAACCGAAAGGUCCCAGGUUCGAUUUCCGGACGGCGUGAAGACGGAAGGGAAGUCUUCUUUCAGCCAGGUCCUGGUUCAUCCAGCAGCAGAUGAGUAUACCGGGUAUAAAUCGGGGAUUGUGUCCCGCCUCUCGGGUGUGUGUGGGUGUGAUGUGAGGUUCCGGACGUACCCACAGAUACUUCACUCAGCAGCUCUAACCUCUUUCCCGGAGGGCUGGUGAUCGCGAGUCCAGCACGUUAUUAGACCUUGGUGAAUAGAUGAACUACACACAUAGCUACGGCAAGGCUUCAUAGAUAAAGAUAUCAAAACGGGAGGUGGCGGAGCCGAACCGCCGAGGCUCAAAGAGAAAACAAGUGGCGGGGACGAUGCCAGCCCGGCCAUAAACACGCCCACGGUCCAGGUGUUGAUUCCUUUGUUUGCUUUUGUCGAUAUCAUGAUCAUUAAAGCACUAUUCAUUACAUUCCAAAGUUGUUAAAAAAAACUGACAGAAAACAUGCCAUUUGAUGUUUGUCUUAAAUGGCUGCGCUGUCGUAAGAUUAAAAGCAAAUUCAAAUUUACUUGUAUUUAAGCCCAUAGAAAAAUAUUUCAUUAUUCCGAGCUAGGAGUAGUUAAAGAUUUAAAUAUUAUGUUAACUUGUCAAAUUAGAAGGUUGCCUUGUUAUUUUUUUGUCUCGCAAUUCGCCGCAAAACAGCUGCAACAAUAAA